AAUCCAUGGACACCAAUAUGGACAGCGACCCCACGGCCCGCUAUGCGACCCCGCCUCUGCCGCACCCCGUUUCCAUAUCGCGCCCUGCGCCAACGGGCGCAGCCACUUGGUGAUCAAGGUGGGCAUGGUGGGCGAUGCGCAGAUUGGCAAGACCAGCCUCAUGGUCAAGUACGUUGAGGGCAGCUGGGACGAGGACUACAUCCAGACGCUGGGCGUCAACUUCAUGGAGAAGACCAUCAGCAUCCGCAAUACCGAGAUCACCUUCAGCAUCUGGGAUCUGGGCGGCCAGCGCGAGUUCGUCAACAUGCUGCCGCUAGUGUGCAACGACGCCGUCGCCAUCCUCUUCAUGUUCGACCUAACGCGCAAGAGCACGUUGAACAGCAUCAAGGAGUGGUACCGCCAGGGGCGCGGAUUCAACAAGACGGCCAUCCCCGUAUUGGUGGGGACAAAGUACGACCACUUUGUGAACCUGUCACGCGAAGAACAGGAGGAGAUCUCAAACCAGGCUCGUCGCUUCGCAAAGGCGAUGCGGGCGGCACUGAUCUUCAGUAGCACCAGCCACAGCAUCAACGUCCAGAAGAUUUUCAAAAUUGUGCUGUCGAAAGCCUUCGACUUGAAAUGCACAAUUCCCGAAAUCAGUAAUGUCGGCGAGCCGCUGCUACUAUAUCAGUCGUGCUGAAGCGGGGAGUUUUGAGUGUCGGCUUUUUGCUUUUGACGGUGGUUGUCCCUCGCGGCAACCUCGCAAUCGCCCCCCCUC